GGCCGCGUCGCGACGUCGAUUUGUGGCGUCGCGUCGAUUCAUAUUUUUUUGGUGGGCGUAAGCAUGGUCCCGCUAUUAUUUGCGCUCUCGCUCUCUCUCCCACUCGCUUAUUACCUAUAACUCCUUGUUUUUUUCUCUAUAUUUUCUCUUAAGUGAGUGCCAAAAUACGUCGUUUUAAAAGUCUCUUUGUGGUUUUUUUUGUGCACCAAUGUCGUCCUAGCAAUAUUUCAGGAUAUCUUUAAUUAAUCAGCAAAAAUCAAAAUGCCGGAACAAGAGGCAGACCCAGAACCAAGACAUAGAGGAUUGCCCCGUCAUCACAACCCUUUAAUCAAACCUUUUGUCGUGCUGGCCCUACCAGGGAUGUACUUGUUCUACAAGUACAACCAGUACAAGCGAAAAAGAAAAGAAAAUGCCACAAGAAGGCUAGCAGAGAGAGAACUCCAACAUUUAAACUACAAAAUCGAAAAACUUCUUUCCAAACUUGAAGAAAGCGAACCAGAACUUGCAACAUGUCAGGAAGAAGAGUGUGUUAUUUGUAUCCAUGCCAAAGCAACAAUGCAAACUUCGCCUUGCGGGCACCAGGUGGUCUGCAGGAAAUGCUUCGUGAAGACCAUCCAAAUUGCUGUUUCGCAAAAACUUCUUCCGCUGCGAUGUGUCAUAUGCAGGGCGAAAAUAUUGAGGCUAAAGACUGGUCCCACUUUCCCUUCCUCCGUCUCUGGAUACUCGAUGACGUCACGGGGUUCAUCAGUGCCUACGUCAGACAGCUUGUACAGCGUCAGCAGCGGCGGGUCUUCCAUAUCCUGUAGUUCGAGUUCUUCCGAGGGACCGUCGCACAAUAAAGAGCACGUGGAGGGGGGAAAGUGCUGUGGGGGUCACUGCGUCGGUGGAGCUUACCCCAGACAACCCAGUACCGGUGCCAUUAGGAGAUCUCAAAAACAAGAAAUGAAAAUUACUCUAAAGGACUACUGCAGAGUUGAAAGAAACCAUAUCAAUCGCUUGCCACCAAUAAGGGAGAGUAGUCCUUUACACAGUGUACCACCUGCCUCCACAAGAAUCCGAUGCGCACAAAAAAUCGUUACGCAACUUGAAAUGCCUCUAAUAGGUAAAGCUCGCAAAUAUAAAUACGAAAAGCUGCCUCAAGAUGACGAUGACGUCUUCGAAGUCAAUUCAAUGGCGAAAAGUACAAAAACCGAGAAUCAAAAAUUACCGGAAAAACACAAAAAGUGGUGGAGCGACCGAACCAAGUCGGAAGAGAAGAUCGAUAAUAAGAAAAAUGAAAUUAUGGAAAAGAAUAUGGAAAUGCAGGAGAAGAUUAAUGCUAAGUUAGAGAAGAAAACGGGAUAUAAGCAGAAAGAAAUACAGUUUAAAGACGAAAAAGUUUAAUUUUUCAUGCUAAUUUUCUUUAUUUAUAUUUAAUUAGUUUUAAUACAGAGGUAACGAAGACUUUAGAACAACAAGAAGGAACUGAUAUAAGAAAAUCGCAUUUAUAAGGGCAUACUAGAAUGAUUUCUGAAGUAUUUUAUUUUUUAAGGUUUAUCAAGUCAAGAUGAUCAAGUCAGGAAAAUUGCUAACCAACUUUAUAAUUGUAAUAGUAAGAAAGUGAACAAUAGUGCAAGAAGCCACUGGUAAUAAACUCUUCUGGUAAACAAUUUUUAAACUAAUAUAUUUACAAGUUAAAGUAACUUACAGUGUUAGUUCUUUCAUGAAGAAGAAUUAGAAAAGUAUAUUUUUUGCUAUAAAUAAUCAAAAAUCAUAAUACGCAUUUUAUAUAGACAAAAAAGAAGCAGAGUUUAGAUAAAUUAGAAAAUAGUGCCUUUUAUCCAAAAUUAUUAUUUAGUAGUAAGACAAACUGUUCAUCUAGUUACAUAUACAAUUACUUAUGUAUUAAAAAGUUUGUGCGUUGUUGUUAUUAACGUAGAUAGCAUUAGGGAAGUUUCAAUUAUUAAUAUAGAAUAAGGAAAUUCGAAAGUAUCCCCGUUUAAAUUGAUACUUUACAUAUCGUUCGGUAAUAAUGUUUUUAAGCCCCUAUUACAGUCUUUUUAAAGGUCAGGAGUCAAUACAUUAUAAAAUGUAAUAAAUGUUUUCUUAAUAAAUUAAACCCAAGAAAUUACUUUAUAUAUAAUUUUUUUUGGACCAUAAUGGAAAUAUUUUAAUAUUGUCAUUUAGGCACUAAUUCUCUUCUAUUAAUUUUUCUAUAGUAUGGUUAUUUAGUAACUUUUUUAUUGUAAAUUUUAUCAGUAUAGACCAGAAACCGAGUUAUAAAUACCUUUGUAGUUUA